AUGCGGCGGAGCAGGCGGGUCACCGCCAGCUCCUACAAAUCGACCUCCUCGUCGGGUACCCUGCCCCCCGCCACCACUGCCCGACAUGACUCCAGCCUGGGCCUGCUGACGCGACGCUUCCUGAGCCUGCUGAAUGAGGCGGAGGACGGGAGUCUGGACCUGAACCAGGCCUCCGACAUCCUGCGUGUGCAGAAGCGCCGCAUCUACGACAUCACCAACGUGCUGGAGGGCGUGGGCCUAUUGGAGAAGCAGGCCAAGAACCACAUGAGUGCGCACGCGCUGAACAAGCAGCGCCUGUACGUCUGGGACCGGGACGUGAUGGGCCUGCCGGGCGUGGCGCGGGAAGACCGCGUGUUCGUGGUGCUGGCACCUCACGGGACCACCCUGGACCACUCGCCCUGCCAGGAGCCAGGGCCGGGCGAGGCCGCGCCGCCCCACAGGAUCAUGGUGCGGAGCAAGAAGGAGCCCAUCUCCAUCGUCACCCUCCCCGUGGCGCGCCAGACCCUGCAGCCCGGGUGGGGCCUGGGCCCUGCCCAGCCGCCGCCGACCAGCCUGGCGACCCCGGGCUGGCCGGGGUCGUCCUUCCUCAUGCCCCGGACAGGCCUCGCGCUGCGUGAGGCGCAUGCCGGCUCCGUGGCCGACGCCUGGUACCGCGCCGUCGCCGCCAACGGCGCCGGCCCGACCGCCGGCGACGGGCUGCCCCUGGGCAGCGAGCUGGACCCUGGGGAGGGGGGCGGCCUGCUGCCCGGACAGCACAGCCUCCCGGGCGGGGCGCUCGCGCAUCCACAGGCCUUUCUGGCGCGCAGCAGCGCGCAUGAGGGCGGUCCGUGA